CGAAUCUAUGCACUAGUUCAGUGGUAGAGGAGCUCUGCAACUUUCACCAUCUCCUCCUCCUAAGCCUUCUCCUGUGACAUCCGAUUACUGCUGCUACAACCAUUUUAAUGGCCAACUUCAGUUUAAAGAUGAAUGUGGGACAACUACUGAGGAAAAAGCGAGACGGAGAGGAGAUGACAAAAGAUGAAAUAGAAAGUUUCAUACAGAACACUGUCUCUGGAAAUAAUACCGAGUCUCAGAUAGGGGCAAUGUUGAUGGCGAUGUACAUCCGAGGCAUCACAGACACAGAAGCUACCAAUCUCACUCAGUCAAUAUUGUUGUCAGGAGAACGGCUCCAAUGGCGGCCUGAGUGGGAAAGUAAGCUGGUGGAAAAACACAGCACAGGAGGAGUAGGUGAUAAAAUAUCAUUGAUUCUGACUCCUAUCCUAGCAGCUUGUGGACUCAAGGUUCCUAUGAUAUCAGGACGCAGUCUGGAACACACUGGAGGCACUCUGGACAAACUGGAGAGUAUUCCAGGAUUCAGAGUGGACAUCGAUUAUAAGACGAUGGAGGAAGCUCUGGAACAGGCAGGAUGCUUCAUCGCUGCCGCCAACGCCCAGCUGUGCCCUGCCGAUCGGAUUCUGUACGGCGUGCGAGACAUCACCUGUACUGUGGACUGUGUCGGACUUAUUGUCUCUUCUAUAAUCUCCAAGAAGGUAGCGUCCGGUGCAAAGUUCUUAGUUAUGGACGUAAAGGUUGGAAAAGCAGCUUUCUGCAAAACUGUUGAAAAAGCUCGAGCCUUGGCAAAGCAGUUGAUCAGCGUGUCAGCCCAGCUUGGUGUACGCUCGCGAGUUGUCCUCUCGCGUAUGGACGAGCCACUUGGCAUAACAGCUGGCAAUGCCCUGGAAGUGGCCGAGGCAGUAAAGAGUCUGGCCGGGAACAUGUCUUCAGAUGUGGCUCGGCUGGUCACCGUGUUAGGAGCCAACCUGCUAGAAAUGACAGGCUAUGCUGGGAAUGGAGAAGACCUGAUACGUCAAGUGAUAAAGGAUGGCUCAGCAAUGGAACGGUUUCGUAGAAUGUUGGUGCAGCAAGGUGUGGAGGACAGUGUGGCCAAUAGACUAGUUCAGGGACAGCCAGUGUUACCAACAGCUCUGUACACCACACAGCUCAGAGCUCAGUCGUCAGGGUGGGUGGAGGAGGUGAAUGCUUGGAUCAUAGGUCAGGUAUGUCUAGAGCUCGGAGCAGGACGACGGAAGACAGGAGACACUAUAGACCUCACAGUGGGGGUGGAGGUCUGGAAGCACCAGGGGGACAGAGUGGUGGAGGGCGAACCUUGGGUGACAGUCCACCAUUCUACCCCCUCACUGCCCACCCCACUGGUGAGCUACCUACAGCAAGCUCUCGAAGUGGAGCCCGCCCUCCUCGACAGACCCGACAUUAUCAUUGAAAUUCUCCACUGAACAUCCUACAAUAGACGUGGCAACACAUCAUAUCUAGACCUUGUUAAUAAAAAUUGACGGUGUAUAGCAAUAGUGAUUCAAGCACCAGAAACAACUAAUGACAUAAGAGUAACUAAAGAAUUCAAACAGUGGAAAUUUGAGUAAAUUUAUAAAAAAAUAAAAUUGAUGUGAUA